AUGCCGUACACGCCGCCCCGCUCCUCUCAGCCCCCGGCGGACUUUGCCCUCAACCUCUCGCCGCCCCCAGGCUCCCCCCACAACCGCACCGAGCUCACCCCAGUCUCGUUCCUCACCCGCGCCGCCCUCAUCGCGCCCAACAAGCUCGCCAUCUCGCACCCGGAGCGCGGCUACCAAUUCACCUACGCUCAGUGGGCCGCCCGCGUCCUCUCCCUCACCUUUGCCAUCCAGUCGGUGCCCGGGUUCAAGGCGGGCGACCGCGUCGCCGUCAUCUGCCCCAAUGCGCCCCUCAUCGCCGACGCCCACUUUGGCAUCCUCGCCGCCGGCGGCAUCAUCACGCCCGUAAACGUGCGCAACACGCCAAAGGAGGUCGAAUACGUCCUCCAGCACUCGGGAUCCACCAUCAUCCUCGUCGAUCACCAGCUCACCCACCUCGUCCCCAGCCCGCCCCCCAGCGGCGUCGCCGUCGUCGUCUCCAACGACUCGGGCGGACAGGAUCCCAACGACCCCUACGAGGCCUUCCUCGACCGCGGCUACCAGGCGUGGCAGGCCGCCGAGGAGGUGCAGCGCAAGCGCGGCCUCGGCCUCUCGAGGUCCGGCUGGAGGCUCAUCACGACGCCCACCAGCGAGGAGCUGCCCUGCGCCCUCUGCUAUACGAGCGGCACCACGGGCAGGCCAAAGGGCGUCAUCACCACCCACCGCGGCAGCUACCUCGCCGCCAUCGCCGGCGCCUUCGAGGCCCAGUUUGCCGCCGACACCGUCUACCUCUGGGUGUUGCCCAUGUUCCACGCCUGCGGCUGGACCUACCCGUGGGGUGUCACGGCCGCCAUGGCCACCCACGUCACCAUCCGCAAGGUCGACAACGACGUCAUCUGGGACGCCCUGCUCAACCACGGCGUCACGCACUACACGGGCGCGCCCACGGUCCAGAUUGGCAUCACCAACCAUCCGAAGGCGCGCAAGCUGGACCGCAUCGUCAAGGUCAGCGUCGCCGCCUCGGCGCCCACGGCCGCGCUGCUGGCCAAGAUGGAGUCGCUCAACCUCCACCCGGUCCACGUCUACGGCGCCACCGAGACCUAUGGCCCGUUCACGCGGCGCUACUCGGAACCCCACUGGGUCGACCUCGACGUCGACGAGAGAGCCCGCCUCAUGGCGCGCCAGGGCCACUCGUUCCUCGUCGCCGACGAGUGCCGCGUCGUGCGCCCCGUCGACCCGAGCCGGCCCGAGCACUCGGAGCUCGUCGACGUCGCCCAGGACGGCAAAGAGGCCGGUGAGAUUGUCAUGCGCGGCAACAUUGCCAUGAAGGAGUACUACAAGGACCCCGCGGCCACGAGCAAGAUUGUCAUCAACGGCUGGCUCCACCUCGGCGACAUUGCCGUCCGGCAUCCGGGCGGCGAGAUCCAGAUCAUGGACCGCGGCAAGGACAUCAUCAUCUCGGGCGGCGAGAACAUUUCGUCGCUGGCCGUCGAGCAGGAGCUGGCGGCGCACCCCGACAUCCUCGAGUGCUGCGUCGUGGCGCGGCCGCACGAAAAGUGGGGCGAGCGCGGCCAGGCCUACAUUGUGCUCAACGCCGAGGGCGCCAAGAAGCACGGCAAGGCGGCGCCGGGCACGCGCGAGCACGAGGCGCUCGUGGCCGACCUCAAGAAGCACUGCAAGUCGCGUAUGAGCGGCUUUGCCGUGCCCGAGUGGUUUGACAUUGUCGACGAGCUGCCAAAGACGAGCACCGGAAAGGUCCAGAAGAAUGUGCUGCGCGCCAAGUUUGCCGCAGCCGCCAAGCUCUGA